ACCCUGGUUAGUUCCUCAAGUUAAAAGUGCUGUCCCGGCGGCUUCUUUCUCUUUAUUCCUAAACUGGCAGUGGGGGUAGGCUGACAGACCCACGAGGGGGAACUGAGCCUGGAACGAGAUGGCCAAAACCAUCUACGUGCCGGCGGCCGCCCAGGAUGACCACGCCGCCAAGCCGGUACGCAACGGGACCUCCUCGCCCUCGCCCAGCCAGCCCCCGGAGGACUCCAUGCAGCUGAAGAAGGAAAUCUCGCUGGUCAACGGCGUCUGCUUGAUUGUGGGGAACAUGAUCGGUUCGGGCAUCUUCGUCUCGCCCAAAGGCGUGUUGGCGUACAGUGACUCUUACGGACUCUCCCUCGUCGUCUGGGCCGUGGGGGGGCUCUUCUCUGUUUUCGGGGCCCUCUGCUACGCUGAACUGGGCACCACCAUCAAGAAGUCGGGGGCCAGCUACGCCUAUAUCCUGGAGGCCUUUGGACAGCUGCCGGCCUUCAUCCGCCUCUGGACCUCCCUCCUCAUCAUUGAGCCCACCAGCCAGGCAAUCAUCGCCAUCACCUUUGCCAACUAUCUGGUGCAGCCCUUUUUCCAGACCUGUGAGGCGCCGUACCUGGCCGGCCGGCUCUUGGCAGCUGCCUGCAUCUGUAUACUCACGUUUGUGAACUGUGCCUAUGUGAAAUGGGGCACCCGGGUGCAGGAUUUGUCCACCUAUGCCAAGGUCCUAGCUCUCAUUGCCGUGAUCAUUGCCGGCAUUGUUCGCAUCGCACAAGGACAUUCUGAGAACUUUGACGAUUCUUUUGAAGGAUCUUCUUGGCAGGUGGGGAACAUUGCCUUGGCUCUCUACUCUGCCCUCUUCUCCUACUCUGGCUGGGACACCCUCAAUUUUGUCACGGAAGAAAUUAAGAAUCCAGAAAGGAACUUGCCCCUCGCCAUUGGCAUCUCUAUGCCGAUUGUCACAGUCAUCUACAUCAUGACCAACGUGGCCUAUUACACCGUGCUGAGCAAGAUGGACAUACUAACAAGUGACGCUGUUGCCGUGACCUUUGGCAAUCAGGUUUUUGGAGUUAUGCAAUGGAUCAUCCCGCUGGCCGUGGCCUUAUCCUGCUUGGGGGGCCUCAAUGCCUCCAUCUUAGCGGCUUCCAGAUUAUUUUUCGUUGGUUCCCGCGAAGGGCACCUCCCCGAUGCCAUCUGCAUGAUCCACGUCCAGCGGUUCACACCUGUGCCGGCCCUCCUCUUCAACGGCGCCAUGGCCUUGGUCUACCUCUGCGUCGACGACAUCUUCCAGCUUAUCAACUACUACAGCUUCAGCUAUUGGUUCUUCGUGGGCCUGUCGAUCGCCGGGCAACUGUACCUCCGCAGGAAGCAGCCGUCGAGGGAACGGCCCCUCAAGCUCAGCAUCGUCUUCCCCGUCAUCUUCUGCCUCUGCACCAUCUUCCUGGUGGCCGUCCCCCUGUACACCGACCUCACCAAUUCCGCCAUCGGCAUUGCCAUAGCUGCUUCCGGAUUCCCCGUCUACUACCUGACGGUGUGGAUGCCCGAGAGCAAGAGGCCGCAGUGUGUACGCCGGGCUUUUGCCUCGGUGACGCGGUUGAUCCAAAUUGUGACCUUGUCGGUCCUGACGGAGAUGGAUCCUGACAGUGAAGUGAAGGCUCAGUGAUGGGAGACGCUGUUGUUGUGGGGGAGGCCGGCCACUCCCCCCCAUCCCCCCCUUUUUUUGCAAUGGACUCUUUUGUGACCUUUAAUUUAUUGUUUGCUACUGUUGGGAAUUGGGGGGCUGUUG